AUGGCGGCCAGCGGCGCCGAGCGCCGGCCGCGCCGCGGGCCCGCACCUAUCGCUUCUUUCGAUCACGACGUUUCCGACGAAUCCAGUCCUGAAAAUAAACAAGCAAUCCGUUUGCCCGAAAUUCGCGAAGAUCCUGCAAGUUCGUCUACAAGUAUAGCGCCGUCAACGUCUGCCUGUGGUUAUAGUCUUGCACCACCUGAGCAAAGGGCUCGCUCGCACUCGUCGCCUGCCGUCCACUCCACUGUGGCUAUUCCGACAACUUCGGGUCUCCAAACACCGGCCGCUCCUCGCAUUGACAUUUCUCGGGCGUCAAGUUCUAGUCAACAGGACUCACGUGAUAGUUCUCCCGAGUUGGCGCUUUUUACGGGCGGUGGAGGAGGAGAAGACGCGCGUACGCGUCUUGAACUUGGGUUUCGAGAGGACGGUGCGGCCGACCUGCGUUCCUCUACUGAAGAACUUGCCUUCUUGGAAGGCGCACCUGGAGGUGGAGAUGUUCGAGCUGCUCCUUCAGCACCACCUUCUCGACGUCAUUCACGCAAGGACAGCCAAAGUUCUGAAGCGGCUCUUCUGGCUGUAUCGGGGCGCACUAGUCGUUUGUCCAGCGUUGGAUCUCAAUGUUCUGCGCAUUCGGCAUUAUCUGGCUUUAGUCACGCCAGCCGUAUUUCAAGACUUUCUGUAGUGUCAGGUACAUCACGUUCUCCUUCGCCGCACAAAAUGCUACUUGAGACUUCAUUUUGUGGACCAAAGCCAAUAGAAACAGAUCCUGAGAUAUGUACUGCUGCAGUCGAGGAGAGACUACUUGAAAUAGCUAAGCUGACCGGCAAAACUGGCAGUAUUAUUUCUGAUGCUCAAAUCAUCCCAAUCCCUCAGAUUGCACCCCUUCCUUGCGCACCGCCGGUAUCAGUGGAUGCUCGUGACCAUCGAGAAGUUCGUACAGAAGUAACUGUUGAAAAUACACGUCCGGCAAGUGCACCUCGCCUAACGUCUCCAAAUGCCCCUUGUACAACACCCACACCCUCAGCUACCUCACUGGACGAUGAAAAGCGUUUAAAAGAAACGAGAAAUCGGGCAAAAGUUGAGGAACAUCGAGCUAGGUCCAGAGAUCGACGGGAACCAGCUCAACCAGAAGUUUAUCGUCAUGGAAAUCGAUCGAAGGAUAUUAUUAGAAUAAAACUUAAACCAGAUAACGAAUAUGAAGAUGACGACGAGGGUGAAAGUGAACGGACUUUAAUAAGUGGAGAACCAGCUAGAAAACCUGUUACAUUAGAGUUAAAUGAUCAACCUGCACGAUCUAUUCAGCCAGUGAGCCCACGAUUAACACCUAGGCAACUAAGAGACAGCCGAACUCCAUCCCCGACUGGGGUACCUGUUUCAAGAAAAUCAUCCUUCUGUUCACUUUUUAAGUCUCGUGAAACAAUUGCUUCCCCCGAUUCUCCAUCUGAUGUAUUGAGGAGAAAAAAAAGCCUUAAUGAAGGACGAUCGCGAAGUAAAAGUCGCGAUCGUUCGACAACACCCACUUCAACGGGAAAAAUAAAGGGUUCGGUGCUUUCACUUUUUAAGACUCCAAGAAAAAGCGCUGCUUCUCCUUCUCCUUUAUCCCGAGACGUUUCGCCGGUUGUGCAGCCACAACAACAAUUUCCACAGCCACCCAUUGAUCGUUCACGUGGAGAAAAACUUAAAUAUUACGAAGAGGCAAAGGAUGGCAUUAUUCAUAUUCCUCUACACACGCCACCUGAUGAGUUAGACUCUAAUGAAACUGGUAAUGAGAGAAGACCACCUCCACGUGAAACGAUUAGGCCUGCCUCCGCCCCACAGUCAAGGGCUAUUGUUGAUCGUACAAAUAUUGUGCCAUCUGUUACACCUGCAUCCGUUUCAAAGCCAACAAAACGUACCGUCCUUCCAGACGGAAGCAUUAUAAUUCCUUUACACUCUCCGACAGAAAAGAGCGCUGGUGUUGGUGUGCGCAGUGACGAGUUGACUUCAACAGCCGAAUUGACAAGUGAAACUGUAGUUCCUAUAAAGAAGCCAGAGAAAGAACCUUCCCCUGAAAAAGUUAUUAAUAAUGCUUUGGAAAAUACACCUAUUGAUUCAGGACCUGUGGACUCAUCAUUUUCUGCUGAUAUUGUUCCUGUUACUAAUGCUAAUGAUCGUCCGAGAAAAAAAGAGCGUCUUAUAUUCACAACACACGUAGGAAGCAAAGAACAAGUGUUUAGUACUCAAUUUAGCAUAACGAAAACUCCAAGUGUAACAAGUGAGAUAUCCGAGUCAAUACCAAGUUUCCCAGAAAGUGAAGAAAUUAGACCUGUCGAACAUCCACUACCAGAUUCAAACUUUUUAAAUCGGGAAGUUGAACAAUAUGUAGAACCAGAGGCUAGUGAAGAAAUGAUUGGUGAAAUAGGAAACGAUCGAGAUAUGCGCGAAAUAAGUGCAAGUCCACCGCUAGAUCGACGCGAUUCUUCUGAAUCAGAAGCGAGUUCUGAAGCAGCCGCUACCCACGGAGGAAGCGAGGCGGAACGCCGUGGCCUUGUGGUGCAGGAGUCAUUCGAAGAGUUACCCUACGUACCCACAACCCUACCACUGGAACGCUCUUUAGCAUUACCGAUGGUCCCAGUCCGCGAUCGCGGUGGAGUGCAUGUCGCUGCUGUACAGCGGCCGCGCGUGACCCGUAGUGCAGGGGGCACUCUGGGCGCUCUGACGCCUCCGUCGGUGCCCACACCCAGUGGCACCCUGGCGGAGGCAGGCGGCGAGCGUCUGCACAUCCGCUUGCCACGACGCGCUCGCGCAGCCUCGACUGCAUCUGCCUCAGCGCCUGCGCCACCGCCUCGAAGUGAGCGCGCCCGGUCCCGGAGCGGCGGUGACGCGUCAGGCAUGGAGGCUCGCACUAAAGCGGAAUGGAUCGAUUUCUCAGAAGUGCCAGAGCGUCGUAAGCUGCCAAAGAGAAUCCAAACCCUCCCGGCGACCGCGCGGGAUUCAGUCGUGUUCAGCUACGUGCCACCCGAGCACUGCCGCUGCGAAUGCCACGCGCACGCGCACGCGCACGCGCACGCGCACGCGCACCCCGCGCCUGACGGGCCCGAUGCACCCGACGCGCCGCGUGACGACGAGCUGCCGCUGCUACGCGACCGCCAGCUCGCGGUCAGCUCCUCCUCGCUGGAGUUCGAGGAGGACGGCGGACACGUCCAGGUCAACGUUCACAUCGCACCUUUCACCGCGGACUUCGAUCUGCGUCAUAAUCACACUGAUUCGACGCGGCCGCAA